AUGGGCCCCCCCGGUCCCCCCCCGCACCUUUUGCCCCCCCUCGUUCUGGCGCUCGCAGGGGUGGCCCGGGGCAACUUCACGGUGGUGGCGUGGCCGAGGGUGGCCGUGGUGGCCUUCGGGGGCUCGGUGGCCAUCAACUGCAGCCUGAGCUCCUGCCCGGGGGGCAACGGGACCCUGGGGCUGGAGACCCCCCUGGAAGCCACCCCCGGUUCCGGGGGGCUCCGCUGGAGGAGCUUCGUCCUCCCGAACGUGUCCCGGUGGCAACCGGGCCCUGUCACCUGCUCCGGCCGCUGCGGCGACAGCGAGGCCACCGCCAGCACCGAGCUGCUGGUGUACCAGCUUCCCCAGCGGGUUGUGCUGGAGCCGGUGGCGGCGGUGGCAGUUGGGGACAGCCGGAACCUGACGUGUCGCGUGCUGGAGGUGGCACCGCUGCGGAACCUGACGGUGACCCUGCGGCGCGGAGCCGAAACGCUGCGCACCGAGAGCUUCGGCGACACCGAGGGCAGCGCCAGCGUGGCCGUGAGUCACCUGCUGACCGCCACCCGCGGUGACCACGGCCAGGAUGUCACCUGCCACGCCGAGCUGUCCCUAAGGCCACACGGGCCGCUCUUCGCCAGAGCCGCUGUCCCCGUCACGCUCUCGGUGUUCGCUCUCCCGGAGCCUCCUCAGCUCCAGGUCCCCUCAAUCCUCGAGUCCGGAGCCGCUGUCACCGCCACCUGUCGCAUCCCCGGCGCCUUCCCUGCCGGCGACACCCGCGUCACCGCCUCGCUGGACCGGCAACCGCUGAACCUCACGGUGACGGUCACCGGGGACACGGUGACAGCCAGCACCGAGCUGUCCCCGCUCCUCCCGGGCCCGCGGCUCCUCACCUGCACGGCCGCGGUGGCCACGGCGGCGAGGACGGCUCGGCGGCAGCUCCACGUUUACCGAUUCCCAGCGCCCGUCCUGGAGCUGAGCCCGUCCUCCGCCGCUGCGGGCAGCGAGGUGACCGUCACUUGUCACACCGGGGCCACCGAGCCUCCCUCGGCGCGGCUGCAGCUCCGGGACAGCCACGGGCGGCUCCUGGCGGAGGGGCCGCAGCCCCGGUUGAACCUCACGGUACCGGCCCGGCGCCACGACAACGGCCGCCGGUUCCGGUGCCGCUCCAGCCUGGCGGUGGGUGACAGCGAGGUGACAAAAGAAGCUGAAGCUCGGCUGGAGGUGCUCUGUGAGUGCCGCGCCCACCGCCGCCGCCCCUCCGGUGCCGGUUGGCCCCGCUCCGAAAUGCCGGUUUAUUCCCGUAGAUCUCCCGGAAUUCCGGCCGGAGGCUGCCCCGGGAACCGCACGUGGCUGCGGGGGACGCGGGAGGCGCUCCGGUGCCUCGCCACCGGCAACCCCGAGCCCACCGUGGUGUGCGGCCGGCGAGGAGCGCCCGUGGCUACCGGGGAGGAGGAGCCGGUGACCCGAGCCCGGGCCGGGAUUUACCUGUGCAACGCCACCAACGCCUUGGGGACACGGAGCCGCCGCGUCACCGUGAGGGUGGAGUAUGAGCCCACGAUGUCCGAGUCGGGGUGUCCGGCACGCCGGGUGUGGCUGGAGGGACAGCGGAGGGAGCUGGAGUGUCGCGCUGAUGGGGACCCCGCGCCCAGCACGCGCUGCCACCGCGACAACCGCGGGGGGGACACCCGGGGUGGUGGCACCCGUGGUGGUGGCACCCGCGGUGGUGGCACCCGUGAUGGUGGCACUCGUGAUGGUGGCACUCGUGAUGAUGACACCCGUGAUGGUGGCACUCAUGAUGGUGGCACCCGCGGUGGUGGCACCCGUGACCGUGGCACUCACGGUGGUGGUGGCACUCGUGAAGGUGGUGGCAUCCAUGGUGGUGGCACUGACGGUGGUGGUGGCACUCAUGAUGGUGGCAUCCAUGGUGAUGACACUCAUGGCAGUGCCACUCGUGUCAGUGACACCCGUGGUGGUGGCACUCAUGAUGGUGACACUCACAGUCGUGGUGGCACCCAUGGUGGUGACAUCCAUGAUGAUGACACUCAUGGCAGUGCUACUCAUGUCAGUGACACCCGUGGUGGUGCCACUCACAGUGGUGGCACUCACGGUGAUGCCACUCACGGUGGUGACACUCACAGUGACAUCCGUGAUGGUGGCACCCCUGACCAUGGCACUCACGGUGGUGACACCCACGGUGGUGACACUCAUGAUGAUGACACCCAUGGCAGUGUCACCCAUGGCAGUGUCACCCAUGGCAGUGCCACCCACGAUGGUGCCACUCACAGUGGUGACACUCACGGUGAUGAUGCCACUCACGGUGAAGGUGACACUCACGGUGAAGGUGACACUCACAACGGUGACACUCACGGCGGUGUCACCCAUCCUGGAAGUGUCACCCGUGGCCGCAGCCCCCGCGAGUUGUCACCCGCGCUGACGGCGGCCGCUACGUGUGCAGGGCCACCAACCGGCACGGGGUGGCCACUCGGAGUGUCCUUGUCACCGUGGAGUACCGCCCCAGCAUCGCCGAGCGCGGCUGCCCCGAGCGGCGCCUGUGGCUGGAGGGGACCCCGGCCCAGCUGAGCUGCGCCGCCAGCGGGAACCCCCCUCCCCUCGUCAGCUGCUCCAAACUGCGCGACCCCCGAGACCCCCAAAACUCCACCGACCUCGGGGACCCCCGAGACCCCCCAAACGUCACCCGAGCCCA